AUGGUUACCGCAAAAUGGCCGAAUCCAGAAAACGAUACUCUGAUAUACAUAGCAAAUCCGGUGGAGUCAGACAUGCCCGGUCACUGGAUGCCACUCAGCGUUAUGAAGAUUAUACUCGGAGGAACAAAAAAACCUGUUAAGAAACUUAUACAUAAACCACCUUCAACAACGCAUAAACCAACUACUGUUAAGGCGACAACAGAAAUAACAAUGCCACCGGAGACACCAGUUUUACCUUUACCAACUGUCCCUACAACAAAACCGACCACGACACCAGCACCUGCACCGGCACCAGAACCACCACCAAUAACCACAACGACAGAAAAACCAACUACCGAGCCCUUAAAACCAACAACACCCCCACCUCCUCCUCCGACAACUCCUUCUCCUCCUCCUCCGACAACUCCUCCUCCUCCUCCUCCGACAACUGCUCCUCUUCCUCCUCCGACAACUCCACCUCCUCCUCCUCCGACAACUCCUCCUCCUCCUCCUCCGACAACUCCACCUCCUCCUCCUCCGACAACUCCACCUCCUCCUCCUCCGACAACGCCACCUCCUCCUCCUCCGACAACGACAACUCCACCUCCUACGACAACUACAACUCCACCACCUCCAACAACAACAACGAAAAAAGGACCACAACGUAAACCAAAGGCAGCUACGGAUGGUCACGAGAAUAGACCUAAUUAA